AUGAGCUGUCCCUCAUUUAGAGGAAGUGACAUCAAAACACAGACUCCUUUUGUCUGACGACCUUAUCCGGAGGAAGUGAAGCUCAGACGAGGCAGCUGCUUAACCAGAGGGGGAAAAAAAAAAAAUCUUUAAAAAAAAAAAAAAAAAAAAAAAAAAAACCGAAGAGGGGGUUAAAAAAAACUUAGGUGGUCUACUGGAAUUUGGACAGAUUUGGAAACUGUAUCUACAUCGUCCCGGCCAACGGGAGUUCCGGGGAGGGAGACGGAGUCGACGGUACCGAAAUGAUGGAAGAUUCUCAUUUCAAUUCAUCAUAUUUUUGGUCUCCUGUACCCACUAUGCCAGGACAGAUUGAGAAUGCCAUGUUCCUGAACAAGGUGAAAGAGCAACAGGAAAAGAGUGCUUCCUUCUCUCCUUCCUCUGCAUCCCACUACCAAACAGCUCUUCUCACCAUCCCCACUCCUGGGGCCAAGACAGAUGGAGGAGGGCAGGUUGGUAGUGCGGCCCACCUCCACCCUCCUCACAGCACCCAGAACAUCACGGUGCUCCCUGUCCCCUCCACAGGCAUCAUGACAGCAGCGGGUCUGGUCAUCACAACUCCUCAGGGAACACUAGUUUCUCCCACCUCCUCUCAGUCGUUUGUCUCUGGUCAUCCGGCAACAACCAUGAUUGUUUCAGCACUCCACUCCCCAGACAAAAAAGAAGGGGAUGGGACGUCCCACCUUGUCGUGAUGCCAGCGCCCUCGAAACGAGGCAGAAAGAAGAAGACAGCAAUGUCCCGGGUCGGUCCGGUGGGUGGACCAGGAAAUGAAACGCUCAUACUGGCUCAUCUGACAGCUGGCGGCCAGCAUCACAGUGGAGACCCCUAUGACCUGUCUAAUGAAGAGGAAGACCAUGGCCCAAAAGAUAGCACUAAGACAUACAGGUGCCGGAUGUGUGCGGCGACCUUCUUCAGUAAGUCUGAUAUGCAGAUCCACUCCAAGUCGCACACAGAGGCCAAACCUCACAAGUGUCCUCACUGCGCCAAGUCAUUCGCCAACUCCAGCUACCUGGCCCAGCACAUCCGCAUCCACAGCGGGGCCAAGCCUUACACCUGCUCCUACUGCCAGAAAUCUUUCAGGCAGCUCAGUCACUUACAGCAGCACACACGAAAUCAUACAGAGUCAAAGCCUCACAAGUGUCCCCAUUGUACCAAGUCAUUUGCCAACUCUAGCUACUUGGCCCAGCAUGUCCGCAUCCACACCGGAGUGAAACCCUACACCUGUUCCUACUGCCAAAAGUGCUUCAGACAGCUCAGUCACCUUCAGCAACACAACAGGAUUCACACCGGAGAUCGGCCAUACAAGUGCACCCAUCCAGGCUGUGAGAAAUCUUUCACGCAACUUUCAAAUUUACAGUCCCACCGGCGUCAGCACAACAAGGACAAGCCCUACAAGUGCACCAACUGCAAUAAAGGAUACAUAGAUGCGGCGAGCCUGGAGGUGCACAUGUCCACGCACACUGUCAAACACGCCAGGAUCUACUCCUGUGGUCUCUGCAACCGCACUUAUACCUCAGUAAGACAAAUGUCCAUUUCUGUAGAGCAUUUCUACAUGAAACACUAUGAAUCGCCUCACUGGCAACAGACACCUGGCAGCUACUUUACACCGUGUAGUCAUGUGUUCACUCUUUCCCCUCUAUCUAUCCUCCCCUCAUCUCAGGAGACAUAUCUGGUGAAACACAUGGAGAAACACAACCCAGACCAGUUGGCUGCACCAGCAGUCGUGGUAGCACAGCCAGGACAACAAAACCAGAACCAAAGCCAGGCCCAGGGCCAGGUUGGAGCUCAGAGCCGGGUAGAGAGCACAGAUGGAGGAUCAAGCCGUCCUGGGGGAGUUGGGAGCGGAAGACUGGGCGUAGGCCAGCAGGGACAGAGCCAGAGCAACUAUCCCCAGACAGAAAACAUCUCCUGUCCAUUUGACCUGCACCAGUAUAAGACAGUGUCUGCCAGUGACAUCCAGUACAAACCAGUCAAUGUGGCUGACAUUACUUCCCACAAGGACCUCUGUCUCACUGUGUCAGCAUCCACCAUUCAAGUGGAGCACCUCAACUCUUAGAGGUGAUGACAGGAGGGAAUGUGGGUUGUGAGGAAGUUUGAAAUAAUUAAAUAUUACAAGAAAUGGAGGAUGGAGGGUCAAAGGAUAAAAGCAAUACUAAGCUGAAACAAGAACUUUGGAACAUAUGACAGUGCCUGAAUAAUGGUUUCAGGCAGACAGGAGAAAUGAUUUGGUGACACAGUAUACUAAAGGCUAUAAUUUUGUUUUAUUUUUUUAGUUGGUGUCUUAUUUUCUUUUGCCAUGUUUGAUUUGUUUUCCUUUUGCUUAGAUGUCUCGUCUUAGUAGAAAGUGCAUGUAAAGGCUGCAGUAAAGUAAGUUUCAGUCCAUCACAGUGAUGGUUUUACAAUAGGAAGAGAGUCAAAGAAACAGCGCCCCUGUUGUUUUAUCACCUCCUUCUCUUCCCUACAAGUACAGCUUUGGCCAUAGCAAGAUAUGGUCUCUGUUGAUGAAAUUGGUAGUUUACUGUGAAGGUAAAUUUUUAUACUUUCAUACAGAGACUUUCAGUUUUUACUCUGUGUUAUUACCUUACUAUGUUGUAAAAUACCUGACUGCUGUUGAUUCUUUUUGACCUUAAAAGGGGUAUAGAGGUUAUGUCUUUUUCAGGAAAGAAAAAAAUAUCAAUCAAGUAUAUAUAUACUUAUGUAUGUAUGUAU